AUGUCAUUCCUUUCAAACAACGUAGAGCCGAUGCAGCUGGACGCCGUCGAAGAUAUUGAACUGUUUGAAGCCAACGAAAUUCCAAACGCCAGUGUCAAUGAUGUACUUGAUCGCUCUGUCGAGUCGGCUCCCUUUGAAGUGGAAUCGUAUGCGGCGCAAUAUUCUGGAUUUGCCAAGCUAAGUCGACUGCUGUACAUUGCCGACCACUGUCCGCCUCUGCAGAUUGAAGCCCUUGAACAGGCGUUGAAGUACGUUAAAGAAUCCACUUACAAUGUCAACGCUUACACAACUAUUCAGCAAAAGUUGGUCAAUGCGCUCACUGCAAGCGGUCAGACUGCUAAAGCCGAACAGUAUCCACUCGACACAGUGUGGAUUGAUGAAAAGUCCAAAAUGUCGCAAAUCUAUUUUGAAAAGCUCGACACUGAUCUGAAGAACUACAAGACCAACUCGAUCAAAGAAAGCAUUCGCCGAGGCCAUGAUGAUCUAGGCGCUCACUACCUGCAAUGCGGUGAUUUAUCCAAUGCUUUGAAGUGUUACUCACGCUCUCGAGAUUAUUGCAUGGGUGAUCAACAACUGUUCAACAUUUGUAUGAACAUAAUCAAAGUCAGUAUCUAUCAGAAAAGCUGGGGCCACGUGAACUCUUUUGCCCAAAAAGCCGAGUCAUCACCUGAAUGUUCUGCCAACAGUACCGCUCAGACGAAGAUUUCCUGUAUUGUCGGACUGCACGAGUUGGUCACUAAACGGUACAAAUAUGCAGCCAAACGUUUCAUGUCUGCCAACAUUGACGACCUCGGCCCAGACUUCUCUGACAUCCUUUCACCAAAUAAUGUUGCUAUUUACGGUGGUCUUUGUGCCCUUGCCAGCCUCGAUCGCUCUGAUCUGCACAAGCACGUCUUCUUAAGCCCUAACUUUAAGCUGUUUUUAGAGCUGGAACCGCAACUGCGUGAAGCUAUUCACAAGUUUUAUGAGUCAAAAUAUCCCGUCUGCUUAUCACUUCUUGAUGAGCUAAAGGACAGCUUCAUGCUGGACAUGUACCUCGCUCCGCACCUCACUGCUCUAUACUCAAAGAUCCGAAACCGUGCACUGAUUCAGUACUUUUCGCCGUACCUGUCGGCCGAUCUCCGACUGAUGGCAACUGCUUUCAACACCAGCCUUCAUGAUUUAGAAAACGAACUGAUGAAGCUUAUUCUCGAUGGGCAAAUCAAAGCGCGAAUCGACUCUCACAACAAGAUCCUGUACGCCAAAGAUUCUGACCAGCGACUGGAAACAUUUGAAAAGUCACUAGCCAUGGGUCGUGAAUGGCAAAUGCGAGCUACUUCGCUAAUCUUACGCGCUGCCUGUGUUCGUAACGGCUUAAUUUUCAUCAAAGCCGGCCCCAACAAUGCAUCUUCCAAAGCCGCUGAAGAGGCGCCGUCUUCUGCUGGAAAUAACGUUGCUGCCUGCUCUCCCUCCAGUCCCAACAAACCUCGAGUCUGA